AUGGCUCUAUCAGGAGGAGCCCAAGGCGAAAUGGAAUCGAUCGAAACUGGAAACUGGACGCGAAAAACGUUAUUCACACAUUCACCUUACGAUGAUGAUAUAUGCACGUUUAAAAAAUGGGCAGAACAACCCAACCAGCCGGGAUUCUUUCGUAUCUUCACAAUCAUCUCCGUUCUUACCAUAUUGGUGGUCCUGGUGGUUUUAGGAAACGCGUUAGUAAUCGCUGCAGUUGUACUACGACGAAGACUUCGAUCCGCAACAGGACUAUUAAUACUAUCCUUGGCGGUGGCGGAUCUUAUGGUAGGGUGAAAAAAAUUUCCAGAUAAAACUUUACAGGUGGGUCUUGUGAUUCUUCCCUUCAGCAUCGCCAACGAAGUUCUGCAUAGCUAUUGGAUAUUCGGCGAUACAUGGUGCACGAUGUGGCUUACCAUGGAUAUUUGGAUGUGCACGGCAUCCAUCUACAAUCUCGUUGCCAUCUCAAUCGACAGAUAUAUUGCCAUCAUCAAGCCUUUGAAUUAUCCAAUGCUAAUUACAAAGUUCCGCGCCAGAUGCAUAGUGGCGAUUGUUUGGAUAGGAUCUUUCAUUAUAUGUUCUCCCAGCUUUCUUCUGGCCUCUUCCGAGAAGAAAGCAGCAGGAAAAGAUAGCUGCAGAUGUACUCCGGCAAACUCAGGGAUGGCCUAUAUAGUAUUCAGUGCAUCUUCCAGCUUCUACAUUCCAAUGAUAGUGGUAAUAUUCGUGUAUGUAAGGAUAUAUAUAGCAGCCUGUGCGGCGACAAAAAGUGUUUACUCGGGAAUGAUGCAGGUACGGCCCGUAAACAUUUCUGCCAAAGCUUAAUUGGGUCUCUUCAGGUAACAGCCACGGCAAACAAGAAUCCGAAGAACCUUCUCAUGCAGAAUCCAUCAGCUUUAUCCCGUGGCGAAAAUGCCCCCAUUCUCCGAAUCCAUCGCGGUUCAACUAUAAAGACUCCGAAAACAUAUUCCGACAUCAGGCAAGUCAAAAAAAAAAACCAUUCUUGACGCCAUUAUUCAGGUAUUCCGCAUCCACUCAAAAACCCUUAUUAUGCAGUACACCCCCAUGUGGGCAUCCGCCCGGAUACAACAACAAUAUUAAUGGAAGUACUCCUAGCUUGCAAUUAUCUAAAGCCAGCCCAAUUCCAAAACGAGGAAGCCAUGAAGAAUUGACAUCAGACAAGUGUCGAAGCGCAUGUUCCACACCUACCAUCACUGCCAAGGAUAAUAAAAUUUGUGAUACAAAGUCGGUGGCUAAUCUGUGCUUUGACAACAGGUUUGUCUAAGAAUUUAGAUCAACCCUCACCGUAUUUUAGACCGAAACCGGAAGUCCAUAUCGAGAGGGAUGUCCAUUCAAUGCCUGCGGACAGUGGCGAAGAUCACGCAAACGUUGGUAUUGUAAUCAACGGGGCCAAUAAAGCAAAAUCACUUAAGGAAACAAAUGGGAAUACUCCCACAAAACCGAAGAAACGUACAAAUUACGGCGUAAAUAUGCUAUCCAAAAUUAUGCGUCGGGGCCCACGGAAGCGCGCCGGGUGCGCAUAUGAGAAACGACUAUCCUUGGAAAUCAAAGCAGCGAAAACUGUGGCCAUUGUGACAGGAUGUUUCAUUUUCUGCUGGCUGGGAUUCAGCAUUCUCUACGGGUUUUCUAUCCAGACCAACGAGGUGGUCUGGUCAAUUCUUUUCUGGCUUGGAUAUUUAAAUUCCGCCCUGAAUCCGGUUAUUUACACGGUGUUUAAUCGAGAAUUCCGAACUUGUUUCAAACGCCUGCUCACUUGUAACAACAUGCUUUUUGGUUCUAGAUCUCAAACUCAAAACGCGGUGAGGUCACAUUUCUUCAUCUAAAACUUUUUUUAGUACAAUUCAUAUAAUUCCACUCUGCGACCCGGGAAACCUCAUGGCUACAGUUCAGUGGUGUCAGCACCGCCCUAUCUACUCCCCACUCGGUCUACCCCACCCAAUCCCAACGAAGAUACGAGGUGA